CCCGGCACUGCAACAUGGGGCCCUUGCCGCGCACCCUGGAGCUCUUCUACGACGUGCUGUCCCCUUACUCCUGGCUGAGCUUUGAGGUCCUGUGCCGGUAUCAGAACAUCUGGAACAUCAACUUGCGGUUGCAGCCGAGCCUCAUAGCUGGGAUUAUGAAAGACAGCGGAAACAAGCCACCAGCUCUGCUUCCUCGCAAAGCACAGUACUUGGCCAGUGACAUUAACCUCUUGAGACAGCAUCUGCAGGUUCCCAUCCAACUCCCCAAGGAUUUAUUCUCCGUGCUUCUUGAAAAAGGAAGUUUGUCGGCCAUGCGGUUCCUUACCGCAGUGAACUUGGAGCACCCAGAGAUGCUGGAGAAAGUGUCCCGAGAGCUGUGGAUGCGCAUCUGGUCGCGGGAUGAAGACAUCUCAGAGCCCCAGAGCAUCCUGACUGCUGCAAAGAAGGCUGGUAUGUCUGCAGAGCAAGCCCGAGGACUUCUGGAAAAGAUCUCAACACCAACGGUGAAGAACAAACUCAAAGAGACCACUGAGGCAGCCUGCAAAUAUGGGGCCUUUGGGCUGCCUGUCACCGUAGCCCACAUGGAUGGCCAGACACACAUGUUAUUUGGCUCUGACAGGAUGGAGUUGCUGGCGUACCUGCUGGGAGAGAAGUGGAUGGGCCCUGUGCCUCCAGCUGUGAAUGCCAGACUAUAAGAUUGCCCGGAGGAAGCAAACACUUGGUAUUAAAAAAAAAAAAAGAAGCCACCUGCUGAACCACUGCUCCACUGCAGGGCACUGGAACUUGGAUUUCUCUCUCUGAUAGAGGUGUCCUCUGUGGCCCUGGGGGCUGUCUGUCUUCUCCUUACCCCAGGGAUACUGGGGAAGGGUCUGCCAUUAGCCUUGUGGCUUCUUCACUUCUGUGCCUCACAAAUGCCCUUUAGAGGGCCCUACACUCUGCUUUCCCACAGAAUAAACCUAAUUCCAUUAGCCAAAA